UCUGACUGAGGUGUGUGCUGCUGCUCCUGGAAGCUUUGGAAAGGAGGGCAGUGGAUGGCUCUAUGCUUCUUUUACUUCGGGUUCAGUCUGAAACUUGCUUUUAUUUUAUAGUUUAAUUGCAUUAGGGUUAGGUUGUAACUGAAACCAUCUUGAAGCACUGAGGGUUCCAUGUAGUAGGGAGAAAAAUAAACCAUGAUGGUUUAAGUUUGAAUGUGCUACUGGCAACUUACCAUCAAGCUGCACUACCGGAUUUUGAACCGAAGCUGUUAUUUACUUAAAGUUCAGCCUGAGCAUUUUCACUGGUGAGGGGGCCAACCUUCGGAGGAAGCUGGGAUUUGCUUGGAUGUAUGGUGGAGAAACCUGUGGGGUUUUUAUGCUGCAGUUUGCCAUAUCAUUGAGUUGUAAAUGGAAUUACAAAAAUCAACCAGUAUGCCAGGGCCAUUGUCCCCGGGUUAUGCAGCUCAGGUGCCAUAUAACUAUAAUCAGUUAGAAGGAAGAUUCAAGCAGUUACAAGAUGAACGAGAGGCAGUUCAGAAGAAGACUUUCACAAAGUGGGUUAAUUCACAUUUGGCACGUGUAUCAUGUAGAAUUACAGAUUUAUACACUGAUCUUCGUGAUGGACGGAUGCUUAUCAAACUGCUGGAAGUUCUUUCAGGAGAGAGACUUCCCAAACCAACUAAGGGAAGGAUGCGCAUCCAUUGUUUGGAGAAUGUUGAUAAAGCCCUCCAGUUUCUGAAAGAACAAAGAGUACAUCUAGAAAACAUGGGAUCCCAUGAUAUUGUGGAUGGGAAUCACAGGCUGACUCUUGGCCUUAUUUGGACCAUUAUUCUGAGAUUCCAGAUCCAAGAUAUCAGUGUUGAAACUGAAGACAACAAAGAGAAGAAAUCUGCUAAGGAUGCUUUGCUCCUGUGGUGCCAGAUGAAGACAGCUGGUUAUCCCAAUGUCAACAUUCACAACUUUACAACUAGCUGGAGGGAUGGGAUGGCUUUCAACGCACUAAUCCAUAAACACAGGCCUGAUCUGAUUGAUUUUGACAAGCUGAAGAAAUCAAAUGCACACUACAAUCUGCAGAAUGCUUUUAACCUGGCAGAGCAACACCUUGGUCUCACUAAGCUUCUGGACCCGGAGGAUAUCAGUGUUGACCAUCCUGAUGAAAAGUCAAUUAUCACCUAUGUGGUGACAUAUUACCACUACUUUUCUAAGAUGAAAGCAUUAGCUGUUGAAGGAAAACGUAUUGGAAAGGUGCUUGACAAUGCUAUUGAAACAGAGAAGAUGAUUGAAAAAUAUGAAUCGCUGGCUUCUGACCUUCUUGAGUGGAUUGAACAAACUAUUAUCAUCCUGAACAAUCGCAAAUUUGCCAACUCGCUGGUUGGUGUGCAACAGCAGCUACAGGCAUUCAACACUUACCGCACAGUGGAGAAACCACCCAAAUUUACAGAAAAAGGAAACUUAGAAGUACUGCUUUUCACCAUCCAAAGCAAAAUGAGGGCUAACAAUCAGAAAGUGUACAUGCCACGGGAGGGCAAACUCAUCUCGGACAUUAACAAGGCCUGGGAAAGACUGGAAAAAGCUGAACAUGAAAGAGAACUGGCACUGCGAAAUGAGCUCAUAAGACAAGAGAAACUGGAACAACUUGCACGCAGAUUUGAUCGCAAGGCAGCUAUGAGAGAAACUUGGCUGAGUGAAAAUCAACGACUGGUUUCUCAGGAUAACUUUGGUUUUGACCUUCCAGCCGUGGAGGCUGCCACUAAAAAGCACGAGGCCAUUGAAACAGACAUUGCAGCAUAUGAAGAACGAGUCCAGGCGGUAGUUGCUGUUGCAAAGGAGCUUGAGACUGAGAAUUACCAUGAUAUCAAACGCAUCACUGCAAGAAAAGACAAUGUUAUACGCCUGUGGGAGUACUUGCUGGAGCUACUCAGGGCACGUAGACAAAGACUGGAGAUGAACCUUGGUCUGCAAAAGAUAUUCCAGGAAAUGCUUUAUAUUAUGGACUGGAUGGAUGAAAUGAAGGUGCUUCUGCUAUCUCAAGACUAUGGCAAGCAUUUGUUAGGGGUAGAGGACCUGUUACAGAAACAUGCGCUAGUGGAGGCAGACAUUGCUAUUCAGGCUGAACGAGUGCGGGGAGUCAAUGCAUCUGCUCAGAAAUUUGCCACAGAUGGAGACGGUUACAAACCAUGUGAUCCACAAGUGAUCAGAGAUCGUGUAGCUCAUAUGGAAUUUUGUUACCAAGAGCUGUGCCAGUUAGCAGCUGAACGCCAAGCUCGCCUGGAAGAAUCCAGGCGUCUGUGGAAAUUCUUCUGGGAAAUGGCAGAAGAGGAGGGCUGGAUCAGAGAAAAGGAGCAGAUCUUGUCAUCUGAUGACUAUGGGAAGGACCUAACUAGCAUUGUCCGUCUCUUGAGCAAGCAUAAGGCGUUUGAAGAUGAAAUGAGUGGCCGUAGUGGCAACUUCCAGCAGGCAAUAAAAGAAGGUGAAGGUAUGAUUGCUGAGGAGCACUUUGGGUCUGAAAAAAUUAGAGAGAGAAUAAAGGAUAUGCGAGAGCAAUGGGCUAACCUGGAGGAGCUGUCUGCCAUUAGGAAGAAACGCCUGGAGGAAGCCUCUCUUCUUCAUCAGUUCCAAGCUGAUGCUGAUGAUAUUGAUGCAUGGAUGUUGGACAUCCUCAAAAUUGUCUCCAGCAAUGAUGUUGGCCAUGAUGAGUAUUCUACUCAGUCCUUGGUCAAGAAACACAAAGAUGUUGCUGAAGAGAUUGCAAACUAUAGGCCAACCAUUGACUCACUGCAUGAACAAGCAAAAGCUCUGCCUCAGGAACAUGCCGAAUCUCCAGAUGUUCAAGGCAGGUUGUCUGGAAUAGAGGAAAGAUACAAAGAGGUCGCUGAACUGACACGGCUCCGUAAACAGGCUCUGCAAGAUACCCUUGCUCUGUAUAAGAUGUUCAGUGAAGCAGAUGCUUGUGAACUUUGGAUUGAUGAAAAGGAGCAGUGGCUUAACAAUAUGCAGAUUCCAGAGAAGCUUGAAGACCUGGAAGUGAUCCAACACAGAUUUGAAAGCUUAGAACCAGAAAUGAACAAUCAAGCAUCCCGUGUUGCAGUGGUAAAUCAAAUUGCUAGACAGCUGAUGCACAGUGGUCAUCCAAGUGAAAAGGAGAUCAAGGCUCAGCAAGACAAACUCAACACAAGAUGGAGCCAGUUCAGAGAACUGGUGGACAGAAAGAAAGAUGCUCUUAUCUCUGCUCUAAGUAUCCAGAAUUACCAUCUUGAGUGUAAUGAAACCAAAUCCUGGAUCAGGGAAAAGACCAAAGUAAUUGAAUCCACACAAGAUCUGGGCAAUGAUCUGACUGGAGUAAUGGCCCUUCAGAGGAAGUUGACAGGUAUGGAACGUGAUUUGGUAGCCAUUGAGGCUAAGCUAAGUGACCUGCAAAAAGAGGCUGAAAAGUUGGAAUCUGAACAUCCUGACCAGGCUCAGGCCAUCCUGUCGAGGCUUGCGGAAAUCAGCGAUGUGUGGGAAGAAAUGAAAACCACCCUCAAGAACCGGGAAGAGUCCCUUGGAGAGGCAAGCAAACUACAGCAGUUUUUGCGUGACCUGGAUGACUUCCAGUCUUGGCUCUCCAGAACCCAGACUGCGAUUGCCUCAGAAGAUAUGCCAAACACACUGACAGAGGCUGAAAAGCUGCUCACUCAGCAUGAGAAUAUUAAGAACGAAAUCAACAAUUAUGAGGAAGACUACCAGAAGAUGAGAGACAUGGGUGAGAUGGUAACUCAAGGGCAAACUGAUGCACAGUAUAUGUUCCUACGCCAGCGCCUGCAGGCUUUGGACACUGGGUGGAAUGAGCUUCACAAAAUGUGGGAGAAUAGGCAAAACCUCCUUUCGCAGUCUCAUGCCUACCAGCUGUUUCUCAGAGACACUAAGCAAGCUGAAGCAUUUCUUAAUAACCAGGAAUAUGUUUUGGCCCAUACUGAAAUGCCCACUACCUUGGAAGGAGCAGAAGCUGCUAUUAGAAAACAGGAAGAUUUCAUGACCACAAUGGAUGCCAAUGAGGAAAAGCUCAAUGCAGUUGUAGAAACUGGCAGGAGGCUCUUUAGUGAUGGGAACAUUAACUCUGACAAGAUCCAAGAGAAAGUGGACUCUAUUGAUGACAGACAUAGGAAGAAUCGUGAGGCAGCCAGUGAGCUUCUGAUGAGGUUGAAAGACAACAGAGAUCUUCAAAAGUUUCUUCAGGACUGCCAGGAGCUGUCACUCUGGAUCAAUGAGAAGAUGCUCACAGCCCAGGAUAUGUCUUAUGAUGAAGCAAGGAAUCUACACAGUAAAUGGCUAAAACACCAGGCAUUUAUGGCAGAACUUGCAUCCAACAAAGAAUGGCUGGAGAAAAUUGAAAAGGAAGGGAUGCAGCUCAUUGCAGAGAAACCAGAGACUGAAACCGUAGUGAAAGAAAAGCUGACAGGCCUGCAUCAAAUGUGGGAGGAGCUCGAAUCUACUACCCAAACCAAGGCUCAGCGACUCUUUGAUGCGAAUAAGGCUGAGCUUUUCACACAGAGUUGUGCUGAUUUGGAUAAAUGGCUGAACAGCUUGGAGAGUCAGAUACAGUCUGAUGACUAUGGAAAAGAUCUCACCAGUGUCAACAUCCUGUUGAAGAAACAACAGAUGCUUGAAAACCAAAUGGAUGUUCGUAAGAAGGAGGUAGAGGAGUUGCAAAGCCAGGCCCAGGCUUUGAGUCAGGAGGGCAAGAGUACUGAUGAGGUAGAUGGCAAACGCCUUAUUGUACAGAAGAAAUUUUUGGAGCUACUGGAACCCUUGACUGAAAGGAAGACAAAUCUGCUGGCCUCCAAAGAGGUCCACCAGUUCAACCGGGAUGUGGAGGAUGAAAUUCUGUGGGUUGGAGAGAGGAUGCCUAUAGCAACAUCUACAGAUCAUGGACAUAACCUCCAGACUGUGCAGCUACUGAUAAAGAAAAAUCAGACACUUCAGAAGGAAAUUCAAGGACAUCAGCCUCGUAUUGAUGACAUUUUUGAGAGGAGCCAAAACGUUAUUACAGACAGCAGCCUUAAUGCUGAAGCGCUUCAGCAGAGACUUGCAGACUUGCAACAGCUGUGGAAACUCCUAAUUGAGGAGACAGAGAAACGCCACAAACGCCUGGAGGAGUCUCACAAAGCACAGCAGUAUUACUUCGAUGCUGCAGAGGCUGAGGCGUGGAUGAGUGAGCAAGAACUCUAUAUGAUGUCAGAAGAGAAAGCCAAGGAUGAACAGAGUGCAGUGUCCAUGCUGAAGAAACACCAGAUUUUGGAACAGGCAGUAGAAGACUAUGCUGAGACGGUGCACCAGCUUUCCAAGACUAGCAGAACUUUGGUUGCAGACAAUCAUCCGGAAAGCGAGCGUAUCAGUAUGCGCCAGUCCAAGGUGGAUAAGCUGUAUGCAGGCUUGAAGGAUCUAGCUGAAGAGAGGAGGGGCAAACUAGAUGAGAGACACAGGCUAUUCCAGCUCAAUCGUGAGGUGGAUGACUUGGAGCAAUGGAUUGCUGAAAGGGAAGUGGUGGCAGGAUCCCAUGAGCUGGGACAGGAUUAUGAACAUGUUACAAUGUUACAAGAGCGAUUCCGCGAAUUUGCCCGAGACACUGGAAACAUUGGACAGGAGCGUGUUGAUACUGUUAACCACAUGGCAGAUGAGCUCAUCAAUUCUGGACAUUCUGAUGCAGCCACCAUUGCAGAGUGGAAGGAUGGUCUUAAUGAGGCAUGGGCUGACCUCUUGGAGCUCAUUGACACAAGAACACAGAUUCUAGCAGCCUCUUAUGAACUACACAAAUUUUACCAUGAUGCCAAGGAGAUCUUUGGACGUAUUCAAGAUAAACACAAGAAACUGCCAGAGGAACUUGGUAGAGACCAAAACACAGUGGAAGCACUACAGAGGAUGCACACAACGUUUGAACAUGAUAUUCAGGCUUUAGGCACCCAGGUGAGACAGCUGCAAGAGGAUGCUGCACGCCUACAGGCUGCCUAUGCUGGGGACAAGGCUGACGACAUCCAGAAGCGGGAGAAAGAGGUCCUGGAAGCAUGGAAAGCAUUGCUGGAUGCCUGCGAGGGACGCAGGGUUAGACUGGUGGAUACAGGAGAUAAAUUUCGUUUCUUCAGCAUGGUUCGUGAUCUCAUGCUCUGGAUGGAAGAUGUUAUCCGGCAGAUCGAAGCCCAAGAAAAGCCAAGGGAUGUUUCAUCGGUUGAAUUACUAAUGAACAAUCACCAGGGUAUCAAAGCAGAAAUUGAUGCCCGAAACGACAGCUUUACUACGUGCAUUGAGCUUGGCAAAUCUCUUCUGGCAAGGAAACACUAUGCAUCAGAGGAGAUCAAGGAAAAGUUAUUGCAGUUGACAGAGAAGAGAAAAGAAAUGAUUGACAAAUGGGAAGACAGAUGGGAAUGGCUGAGACUGAUUCUGGAAGUACACCAGUUCUCAAGGGAUGCUAGUGUGGCUGAGGCCUGGCUGCUGGGACAGGAGCCAUACCUCUCCAGUCGUGAGAUAGGUCAAAGUGUGGAUGAAGUGGAAAAGUUAAUUAAGCGGCAUGAAGCAUUUGAAAAAUCUGCAGCUACUUGGGAUGAAAGAUUUUCAGCACUGGAAAGACUGACUACACUGGAAUUAUUGGAAGUACGUCGACAGCAAGAGGAAGAGGAAAGAAAGAGGCAGCCUCCUUCCCCAGAGCCAAGCCCAAAGGUUCCAGAAGAUGCAGAGUCACAACAAUGGGAUGGUACAAAAGGAGAACAGGUUUCCCAAAAUGGUUUACCAUCAGACCAGGAGUCUCCACGGAUGGCAGAAAAUGUGGAAACAAAUGAAAUGGUCAAUGGAGCUGCAGAACAGAGGACAAGUUCAAAAGAGUCUAGUCCUGUUCCUUCCCCAACUGCAGACCGCAAAGCCAAGACUGCCAUUCAGGCUCAGACUGCAGCUACCCUACCAACCAAAACACAAGAGACUCCUUCAGCUCAGAUGGAGGGCUUUUUGCAUCGUAAACAUGAGUGGGAGACACAUAACAAGAAAGCCUCAAACCGAUCCUGGCACAACAUGUACUGUGUUAUAAACAACCAAGAGAUGGGCUUCUACAAAGAUUCCAAGGCUGCUGCUUCUGGCAUUCCCUACCACAGUGAGAUCCCCAUCAGCUUGAAAGAAGCAGUCUGUGAAAUAGCGGUUGAUUACAAAAAGAAGAAACACGUGUUCAAGCUAAGAUUAACUGAUGGCAAUGAGUAUCUCUUCCAAGCCAAAGAUGAUGAGGAAAUGAAUACAUGGAUUCAGGCCAUCACAUCAGCUAUCUCCUCUGACAAAAUUGAAGUGUCUCCAAGUACACAAAGCACUCCAGCUUCUAGUCGUGCCCAAACCCUGCCAGCCAGCGUUACAAUAACCAGCGAAUCCAGUCCUGGCAAGCGGGAGAAAGACAAAGAGAAAGACAAAGAAAAGAGAUUCAGCCUUUUUGGCAAAAAGAAAUGAAUUCUGUCUCCACACACUGCACUUCUGAUCUUUUCAGUGGAAUUCCAGCAUGCAAGCUCAGAACCAAUACAUUACUCUCUGUGCCUAAUGUUCCUCAAUAUGAUUUAAUUUUUAUUAUUUAUAGAGCAUUAAAAAACCCAUUACAAAUGUAUGAGGUGCAUUGGGCAGCUUCUGUAUGAGAGGGAGGACCAGGUUUUGUUUUUGUUUUUUUAAUGGAAUUAAUGUAGAUUAGAUCUUAAUAUUUAAACUGUUCCUCAAUUUUGUGAGGCUGUCUUGGAAAAGAACCCACAUCCUGUGCUAUUGGUAUGCAAGGCAGCGGUGCUUACAAAUUUACUGUGCACAUCAAAGACAAAUGUACAAAUUUUCAACCAUGUUCACUUCCAUUUAAGAUGGUUAUGCUGAGUCUUGACUAAUAGAGCCUCCCAUUACAAGUCUAACUUUAUUAAAAUAGUGUAUUAUCUUUGCUGUAACAGAGUGCAGAUACGCAUUAACUUACGGACAAACCAUUUGUAUCCUGGCAUCAGUUAUUAACACAAUGUGAAGCUUUUCUGCAUCAAGUACAACAGUUAAGAAUGUUGGUAUACAAGAAGGAUUUAGCAUACUGAUACAGUUUUAAAUCUGAAAUUUCAAUUUUUUUUUGCUGAAAUACAUUAUAUUGUAUGCUUCAGAUAAUUCUAGUACAAAGUAUAAUAAGACUAGAUGUAUAAUGAACCCUUUAAAAUCAUUGAUAAAUGUAAAAGUGAAACUGAAGCAUUUACUGGA